GUUGUUAUAGACCACUUACACGCGCACGAGGGAAGGAGCUUCCACUUUGACAACAUUCUGAGCGACUCACAUAUAUGCAAGGACCGGCGCAGCUGAACUGUCUGCUGGUGGGCUCAUACGUAUUAGCGCUCGUCAUCAUUGUCGUGGACUGGGCGCUUCGUGCUGUCUCAAAGGAAAGGCGGUCCGAGGUCGGUGCAGCAGCUUCCGGGGGUCAGGCCCCUGCCCUCGUGGGCACUGCACCUGGACAGGGCACUGCUGACGCGCCAGUCUCAAUGGCAUCGCCGCGCCAGCAGCCGGACACGCCCUCGGACUUGCUACGGGCAACCCAAUUCUCGGACACCACAAUCGGGGCGUCAACCUUGGCUGGAGAGUCCAGCAUACCCAGCAGCUCAGCGCUCUCAGUCAUGCAGCCGCUGUCACCCCACGCCCCCGUUCAUCCCCACGCCCGCGCCCUCGCGAAGCAGGCGAGCGUCAACCGCUCGCGUACGGCUAUCCAAGCGCUCCAUGAAGCCAAUGAGGCGCUGCGGCACCAAGCGGAGGUGCUGGCCACCGCCGCAGACGAGGAUGUGCAGGCGCCAUCGGAGCAGGCCACCACCGCGGCCGUGCAGAGGUUCCUGUCCCGGCGCAUGAGCCGCAACGCCAGCCGCAAUAGCCGCGGGGCGAUGGUUAGUGGCACGCGCCAAGCCAGCAUGGAGGCGGCGGCGGCAGCUGCCGUGGCGGCCGUGCUGCCGCCUGGGGCCCCGGCCAUGCAGCCCGUCGGCGAGGCGCGCGCAACGGCGACGCCAUCACAAGGGGUGGACGCAGCGGAGUCAGCUGACGCAGCAACAGCGGCGGCGAAUGACGCAGCAUCAGCGGCCGAGCAGGCGACGCGGGACGCUGGGGGUGCAGGUGCUGCCGCGCAGCAGGCAGUGGCGUUAUUGCCAACACCUGAGAUGGCGCAAGUGACCGCAUCAGAGCAGGCCGCUGACGUGCCUACGGAGGCUUCAGCGCAAGAGCUGGCCACAGGACCUGUUGGCGCGUCGGCGGGUGUUGUUGCGGCAAAUGAUCAAGCGCCGGAAGUUGGGCGUGACGCAACAGCGGUGGAGGCCGCCGCAAGGCCUAGCAGCGCCUUGAAGCCGACUGAGGCAGCCGUGACCGCAGUGGCUCAAUUGUCCAGUACUGCACGAACUGUGGAACAGAGCGCUUCACAGGCUGCAGCAAAUGGAGCACACGGCCCCGCAACAACACCUCCUGUAGACAGCACUGUAGCCGGCAAAGCAGCGGCCGUGGCGGUGUCGGCGCCGGUGCACGUGGAGGCGGACGGCAUGGCAGUCGGGCCCAACAAAGGGCACACGCCAGCAGCGGCUCUUGCGGCGACCGCCGCAACGUCCAUCACAGCCGGUCAGGCGACACAGGGCACGGCAAGCGGUGGUCCGGGAGAAACGGAGCAGGCAGCAUCGUCAACGGGGCGAGCAGCACCGGUUGUGCAGGCAACGCUGGCACCUGCAGCACGGGACGUUCAAGGUGCAUCGCUAUCUGCCGUGCCUUCCAAAGGCGCGGCAGCGCAGGAAAGCAGUCCUGAUGCAACCAAGAAGAAGGCAAAACGCCCGGGACUGUUUGCUUGCUUUGGGCGGUAGUGCUACGUCAACUUUGGUGAAGGCAGCAGCUGCCGAGGAGCCGCUGGGGCGUGCGGCAGUCAGGUCGGGGUAAGCAGGAUUGUGGAUGGUUCAGCUGUGCGCAGGUUGCGGUGCUCCGCGAUUUUCAAUUGCAGGUAUCUUUGCUUGCAGUCUGUUUUUAAGAUACUGGAGACCGUGAAAGUUAGCGUCACGUUGCUCCCAAUUUUUGGCAUAUGUGGGUGGACCUGUUUGUGCGGGGGUGCGCAGUGGGGAGGGGUGCCGGGGCAGGUUCGCACACGGGUGCCGAGCUCCCGAUCGGGUUGCGUGUCAGUUCACUGACGAAAUGACGAAAUGACCUUAUGGCAUGGACGGCUUAAAGGCAUCAUACUGUUUAGGUUACAACGAACGCGGGUCUUACGGAAGGACUGUA